AUGCCAGGAAACAUAGAAAUAAUUCAAUCCGGUACAUUUCAAAAUUGUUCAUCUUUAAGAAGUAUUAAAAUUCCAGAUAGUACAAAAAUUAUUGGUGCAUAUGCAUUUAAAUUUUGUAAAUCAUUAAUAAGUAUAAUAAUUCCGCAAAAUGUAAAUGAUGUUUUAGAUUAUGCAUUUUCUUCUUGUUCAAAUUUGAUAAAUAUUACAUUUCUCGGAAUAAUAAAUGAAAUUAAGUCUUAUACAUUUCAAUAUUGCAUAUCAUUAACAAAUAUUACAUUUUCAGAUAGAAUAACAACUAUUCAAAAUUAUGCAUUUUACUCAUGCCAAUCGUUAACAAGUAUUACAAUUCCAGAUAGUGUAAACACAAUUGGAGUUGGCGUAUUUAAAUCAUGCAAGUCUUUAAGCAGUAUUACAAUUCCUUUGAAGAUAGCCAAAAUUAAUAAUGAAGUAUUUUAUGAAUGCACAUCAUUAAUAAGUAUAACAAUUCUAGGGUAUGUAAGUUAUAUUGGAGAUAAAGCAUUUGGAAAUUGUGAGUCUCUAACAAGUAUUACAUUCCAAAACAAUAUAACUUCAAUCAGAAUUUCAUCCACUGCUUUUUCCGAUAUUCCAAAUCGAAUGAAUAUUUAUAUUAAAGGCAGAUUUAAUGUUUAUCAAGGUCCAAAAAAUGCAUUUCGAAAAAGAAGUAAUUUAUAUAUUACAAGUGAAACAAUUUUAAGAAAAUCAUGUAAAGACUUUUUCGGAGAAGAGUCUGUUUAUGUUCAUUUUGAAGGUUCAACUCAAAUUACAGAUACAGAAACUAUUGAUGUCAUUAAAUACAUUUCUUAUCCUCUACCAACGCAAGAUUUUCCUUUUGUGCAUGAAAAUUCGGUUCACUUCACUUCUGACAAAAGUGACAAGUUUACAUGGCAAAAAUAG